AUGUCGGCAACGGCUCCUCUAUCAAGUGUGUACAAGAAAGCUCUCGAAAGUUACGAACAAUUAAACCAGCAGGGGAAGCUCAAGGACGAAGAGUUAGCUCUUAUUAAAAGAAAUGCUAGCAUUAGCGACGUCUUACAAGCUAUCGAUGAGGCGAAAGUCAAAAACGAGUCUCGGAGAAGCACUGCCACAACCCUAAUACACAAGAUUACUCCCGCUUAUAUAGAGAAGUUGGACCGGUUUUCUAAGAUUGUAGAAACAGCUAUCCAGUCCAAUCCCGAAAUCGCGGCUCUUGUAUGGAGCGGCAUCAAAUUCGUUAUCCUGAUAUCCCAGGACAUAUUCCAUACAUACGAGAGAAUAUGUGCUAUUUUAGAGAAGAUAUCACUCUGUCUUGAACGGUUUUCGGAAAUUCUCAACCUGUAUGGGAGGACGAAUCUUCUCGACUCAAGAGUUGUGACAUUUUAUUGCGAUAUUAUAGACUUUUGUUUGAAGACGACAAAAUUCUAUGCCCGAUCGAAGUGGCGAACAAUUGCUGCGUCUUUUUCGGGGUCUCUGCGCGAACCCUUUGAUGAAUUAUCACGGAAGAUAGAUGCUCAUACUCAAGAAGUUGAGAAAGCUGCAGAUGUUGAGCACAUGAAAAUGACAAGAAACAGUCAGCUAUUGAGCGGUGCACCUUCAGAUUCGAAGCGGAUAGCAAUUUAUGGAAUGCCUGGCGCCGGAAAAACCCAACUCGCCCUAAAAUAUGUGACUCAAAAUCUUACUCUGUACCUAAAUAUCUUCCACGUCCAGGCAACAGCGAGGGAACAACUUGUUCGGGAUUACCGAUCUCUUUGUGGCCUCCUUGGCUUACGUCGGGCGACACCCAAUGAGGCGGAACUCGAGAUUGAACAAGUCAAGGGAUGGCUGGUGAAUAACUCCAACUGGGUUAUGAUAUUCGAUAACGUUGUUGAAAUUGCUACGGUUCGCGAAUUCAUCCCCGCAGUUUCAUUGGGCUCAAUUAUCUUCACAAUGCGGGACAGGAAUAUAGCAAGACAGUUAGGGACGGCGGGGACACUUGAGCUUUUGCCUAUGGAGGAAGAUGACGGGAUCGAUUUGAUACUCAAUAUUUUGGGGCAAUGUACCCCAUGCGUGGAUCCCGAGUCACGGAAUUUGGCAGCUGAGCUAAAUCGUGAGCUUGGAGGCCUACCUCUUGCCUUGGAACAGGGCGCUUCUUACGCUAUAGACCGGGACUGGACUCUGCAACGAUACCUUGAUCAACUACAAACACAAAAACUAGAGACAUUAAGGCUAAAGGGGACCAGUAGCUCCGAUUUCCACUCAUCAUUCAUGCUUGCAAUACAAGGAAUCACACCUGAAGCUACUAUCCUUUUAAAAAUAAUUUCCUAUCUGGAUCAUCAAAAUUUAUCUUUGAAUCUUUUCUCGGAGGCCGCUAAAACGAAGGGGAUGGCCGAUUUUCUUGGAGAUCUUGGGAAAUUCUUUGAACCUAAACCUAUAAAACCUAUAAAAUUUUCGAGCUCCAGAAGGUUAAAGCUUAAGUUUUCCAGGACUUCUACCGGGGGGGUCGCUGUUGUUAACCCAUGGGACGAGUUUGCCGCAUCUCUAAAAAGGCUUCUACUGGGUCCGGAUCUGAAGGAGCUGGAGCAAGCAAUAGCAUGCCUCCAAGCCUCUGCACUUAUUCGAAGGAAAGAAGCAGAUGCUAUCUGGAUGCAUGAUCUAACUCGAGAUAUGAGCGAGAGUCUCAUAUGUCCGGAAGACAAAAGGCUUUUUAUAUUCAUAGCGAUUGCAUUGACGGAAAAUGCUUUUAGACCCAAUGUAGCUAGAGGUAAUGAGACGUGGGGUAUAUGUGAGACUUUUACAUCACAUAUAGCCACUGCUCUGAGACACGCUGAAGCCCAACAUAUACCUUUCUUAGAGAUAAAUGGUGCGGUAUAUCUUUUAAUUUGCUACUAUCGCAAAAGACAUCGCUUCAAUGAAGCCCUAACUUGGUACGAGCGUGCACUGGCUGGGCAGGAGAAAUCCCUGGGGAAGGACCACCCCAGUACUCUCACCACGGUCCACGGCAUGGCUUCGGUGUUCGACAAUCAAGGCGAAUAUGGCAAGGCACUGGAGUGGUACGAGCGUGCACUGGCUGGGCGAGAGAAAUCCCUGGGGAAGGACCACCCCAGUACUCUCACCACGGUCCACGGCAUGGCUUCGGUGUUCGACAAGCAAGGCGAAUAUGGCAAGGCACUGGAGUGGUACGAGCGUGCACUGGCUGGGCGGGAGAAAUCCCUGGGGAAGGACCACCCCGACACUCUCGUCACGGUCCACAACAUGGCUUUGGUGUUCCGCAACCAAGGCGAAUAUGGCAAGGCACUGGAGUGGUACGAGCGUGCACUGGCUGGGGGGGAGAAAUCCCUGGGGAAGGACCACCCCAGUACUCUCACCACGGUCAGCUGCAUGGCUUCGGUGUUCGACAACCAAGGCGAAUAUGGCAAGGCACUGGAGUGGUACGAGCGAGCACUGGCUGGAAAGGAGAAAUCCCUGGGGAAGGACGACCCCGAUACUCUCGUCACGGUCCACAACAUGGCUUCGGUGUUCCGCAACCAAGGCGAAUAUGGCAAGGCACUGGAGUGGUACGAGCGUGCACUGGCUGGGGGGGAGAAAUCCCUGGGGAAGGACCACCCCAGUACUCUCACCACGGUCCACGGCAUGGCUUCGGUGUUCGACAAGCAAGGCGAAUAUGGCAAGGCACUGGAGUGGUACGAGCGUGCACUGGCUGGGCGGGAGAAAUCCCUGGGGAAGGACCACCCCGACACUCUCGUCACGGUCCACAACAUGGCUUUGGUGUUCGACAACCAAGGCGAAUAUGGCAAGGCACUGGAGUGGUACGAGCGAGCACUGGCUGGAAAGGAGAAAUCCCUGGGGAAGGACGACCCCGAUACUCUCGUCACGGUCCACAACAUGGCUUCGGUGUUCCGCAACCAAGGCGAAUAUGGCAAGGCACUGGAGUGGUACGAGUGUGCACUGGCUGGGCGGGAGAAAUCCCUGGGGAAGGACCACCCCAGUACUCUCACCACGGUCCACGGCAUGGCUUCGGUGUUCGACAAGCAAGGCGAAUAUGGCAAGGCACUGGAGUGGUACGAGCGUGCACUGGCUGGGCGGGAGAAAUCCCUGGGGAAGGACCACCCCAGUACUCUCACCACGGUCCACGGCAUGGCUUCGGUGUUCGACAAGCAAGGCGAAUAUGGCAAGGCACUGGAGUGGUACGAGCGUGCACUGGCUGGGCGGGAGAAAUCCCUGGGGAAGGACCACCCCAGUACUCUCACCACGGUCAGCUGCAUGGCUUCGGUGUUCGACAAUCAAGGCGAAUAA